CUAUAGACCAAAGAACAGUGUUUUGUAUUCAAAGGCGUGAACCGGUUUUUAUAUUUCGUUUCAAAUGAAAACAACUUAUUGUGAUUGAUUAAAAAAAUUGCGGUUAUUUUAAUCGGAGUUUUCAACGAAUUUAAACAAAUAUUCUGCAAAAAAGACUCAUUCCAAAAGAUUGGGCACAUAAAGUGAACAUAUUUUAAUUCAUUAAAAUAGUGGCCAAAAUGGAAAGAGAUCGAUGCAAAUGGAAAAUCAUUGGAAAUAUCUUGGGUUCAGCUGGUGCUGUGGGGAGCAUUGCUGCAGGAAUGCUUCUGACAGCUUUGGCUUUGGGUUUUCAUGAAAAUGCAAUAGCUUCCAUUUUCAUUCUAAUGUCAAUAUUGAAUGCAACAUCAAACAUUGUAUGGCUCUAUGCAAUUUACAACCAUAAAGUGCUGCAUCUGCAAGUGAUAAUAUUGUGGUGGAUUGUUCCGUUGAGUCUAUGGUUUUUAUUGACGGUUAUUUAUUCGCUGGGGAAAAUUGAUGAAUUAUUAGACACCUUGGAAGACCAAUAUUACUUUAAUCGAAAAUCUUACAACAAAAUGCUGAAUAUUAUAAUAUUUAGUGGAAUGGUGUUCGGCAUAGUUUUCUAUAGUGUUGCUGUGACCAGUUACAUUAAAUUAAAGCACAUUUUUCGUAUACAAAGGGCACCAAAUCGAUUGCCCAUCUCAUUAAACCGAUCAAAUGCCAAAUAUAUAGAAUUAGAAACUUUAUGAAAUGUGAAUAUGCAACUAAGACUAAUUUGAGAUAGUAGUUUAUCUUCAAUGUUGAAUGUUUCAAUAAAUUAAGGCAUUUUUUUGCACACCUAAAA